AGAGAGAGAGAGAGAGAAAGAGAGAGAGAGAGACCCAACCAUAAGGAGAGAAGUGGGGAAUAAGACAACAACCGAAAAGGCAGAUAGUGAUAUAUAAAAAUUAAGAGCAUGGCGCAUUAAGAGGAGGAAAAGCAGAGAUAAAUCUGGAUUUCUCACCAGAAAGGGAACAAGAAUAAAAGCAUCAGCAUCGCUCAACCACUUAAGGACGUGGAUGAAAAAAGAGAGAGGGAAAGGGAAAAGAAAGGAGGAAAAUAAUCAGAUCACUUGUUUUUUUUUCAUGGUCCGUGUGCACACUUGCUGUUGGUGAGAGUGUACGUAUGUGUGUGUGCAUAUGGGAAGAGACUGCAUUGCUGUUCACUAGCAGAGGCAUCAGGAGAGAAACAAGCUGAAUCCCUCUUUUUUUCUUUCUCUCUCUCUCUAUUUCUGUAUUGCACUGUGCGGCAGGAGCAUGUUGGGUGGGUUGGGUACAGACGACAAGCUGAGCCAGCCAGAAGAGAUGGAUCUGUAAAGCUGAAAAUGGUGUCGGAUCUGGCCAGCGGCUGACUGUUAGCUGUGUUACCUGGGGUUUCUAGGUGGAGCCUGGUGGUGCUCAGCUGCCAGGGAGCGCUAAAGAGCGGCUGGGAGAGUGCCGGCGGUGGGGCCCUGUGUGGAGGGAGGGGGAAAGAACCCAAAACCUGGAGAAGGAGGGUUUUCUGCAUUUGUGUCAGCAGGGAAGUCACAUGGCUGGCAUAGGCCUUUUCCCAUUUGUGAGCUGCGGCUGUAGGAGAUUGGACUGGGAGUGACAGUGAACCACAGCUCCAGGAUAAUGGUCUGAAGAGGCUCCCGCUGCUCCGGCCUCACAGGAGGGACCCUACACUCUGGGGGCUAUUUUUAUUUUUCUUCUUUAAGUCAACCCAGGGGAUUUGUAUGUGUGUCUUCCUCCCCCUCACACCUCAUCAUCACCAACUCUGACCCCAACUGUGUUUUUUCUUUUUUUGAGAUUUGGGGGAUUUGCCAAAACCUAUUUCAUGCAUGUCCACUGGGGGCAGGUUCAACUUUGAUGAUGGGGGGUCAUACUGUGGCGGGUGGCAGGAAGGCAAAGCCCACGGCCAUGGCAUCUGCACUGGGCCGAAGGGCCAAGGCGAGUACUCAGGGUCCUGGAGCCAUGGUUUUGAGGUGGUGGGGGUGUACACCUGGCCCAGUGGGAACACCUACCAGGGCACCUGGGCGCAGGGCAAGCGCCAUGGGAUUGGGGUUGAGAACAAGGGCAAGUGGGUGUACAAGGGGGAGUGGACAAGUGGAUUUAAGGGACGCUACGGCCUCAGGGAGAGCACCGGCACCAGCGGGAAGUAUGAGGGAACCUGGAACAAUGGUCUUCAGGAUGGAUACGGUACGGAGACCUACUCUGAUGGAGGUACGUACCAGGGCCAGUGGCUGGGGGGGAUGCGACAGGGAUACGGCCUGCGGCAGAGUGUGCCGUACGGCAUGGCAGCCGUCAUCCGCUCUCCGCUGCGUACCUCCAUAAACUCCUUGCGCUCGGAGCACAGUAACGGGAUGGCUCUGCUCCCGGACCGGGCCGGCGUGGCGUGCGUGGGUGGGAUGGCCUCUGCUGGCAGUCCGGCCGUGUCGCGGGGGGGCUUCGUGCUCACGGCACCCAGCGAGGCAGAGCUGCUGAAGGGCAAGAAGAAGGGUCUGUUCCGAGGUCGCUCGAUCCUCAGUGGACUCAAACUGAGGAAGUCCGAGUCCAGGAGCUCUCUAGCCAGCCAGCGCUCCAAGCAGAGCUCGUUCCGCAGCGAGGCUGGCAUGAGCACGGUCAGCUCAGUCAACUCCACCAUCAGCCUGGGAGAAGGCGAGGCCGAAUUGGCUGCUGCCGAGGAUGAUGUGGACGCCACGGCAACAGAGACCUACUGCGGUGAGUGGAAGAACGACAAGCGCACAGGCUUUGGCGUGAGCCGGCGCUCGGACGGCCUGCACUAUGAGGGGGAGUGGGUGGGAAACAAGCGGCACGGGUACGGCUGCACUACCUUCCCUGACGGGACCAAGGAGGAGGGCAAGUACAAGCAGAAUGUCCUGGUGAGCGGCAAGAGAAAGAACCUGAUCCCCCUCAGAGCCAGUAAGAUCAGAGAGAAGGUGGACCGGGCUGUGGACGCGGCCGAGAAGGCUGCAGACAUCGCCAAGCAGAAGGCUGAGAUCGCCAUGUCCAGGACAGCCCAUGCACGAGGGAAGGCAGAGGCGGCCAUGGGAGCAGCCCAGAAGGCCCAGGAAGAGUGUCGCCUCGCCAGGGUCACGGCCAAAGAGUUCUCCCCCUCCUUCCAGCACCGCAAAAACGGAGUAGAGGUCCAAAGGCCAAAACAUCAGAACUCCAGUGAGAACGACAUUGAGGUGGUCUCCAGUGGCACAGGGCCAGACAGUCCUGAACUCUACAUGAAGGGCACUACACCCCCAAACUUGACCCCUGACCUUAGCCCUGGGGCCAGCCACCCCUCCUCGCCCCCCUGCAGCCCUGCCACCACCAAGCCACACUGCACCAAGAACGCUCGCUUCCUGCGGCAGAGUGCUGUGGACGAUGCUGGGGGUGGUGGCGGUGGGGGAGGGGGCAGUAGUGGGCAGGAGAUCCAGGUGCUGAUGGAGGGGCGAGGAGGGGGGGAGUACCUUAGGGCCAACAGCUGGAGUGAGGACAAGGACAAGCACUCUUAUAAAGGGGGCAGCAGGGGGGGCAGCUGGGGCAGAAAUCGCUCUACCACCCCCUCUGUCCAAGAGGAAGCCAGGGGCAGCGGGCGCACAAAUGGCCACGGCCACAAGCACGCCUCCUCCAAUCACAAGUCUCGAGAGCAUGGUUCGUCCAAUCACAAGGCCUCCAGGGACCGGUGGUCGGACUGCCCAUCAGCAUCGUGGAGGUCCCAGCGGACGCACAGCGGUGACACACGACUGCUGGAGCAGGAUGAGGAGAAGCUGAGCAACUACGAGAUGGAGAUGAGGCCACUGCAGCCAAUGGACUCCAACUCCCAGAAGCCCUAUGGGCUGGGAGAGGAGGGCCAUGGUCACGGGGGCGAAGCCCACUCCCACACGCUGCAGAGACAGCGGCCUAGUAAGAGCCGGGAGGCCAGGGAGGGCAGAGACAUGGAGGCGGCACGGCCUUCAGGGGCGCGGGAGGGUAAAGAGGGCAAGGAGGGACCGGCCCCAGACUCAAUGCAAAAGAUGGACAGUCUGCGCAAGGAGGACAAGCUGGAGGCUAGGCCUCUGCGCAGGGAUCUCACCCUCUCCCCCCCACAGAAAUCCUCACCCAUUGCACUAGAACACGACGAUGACAAGAAACUGACCCAGCUCAAAGCAAACUCGAGCUCCAGCUCAAUUCUGGUCGUCAUGGUGAUUUUGCUCAACAUUGGAGUCGCAAUUUUGUUUAUCCACUUUUUUAUUUAAACAUGUAUUGCCUAUUGAUUCCUUUUAUGAUUAUACAUUAUUAUGAGUAUUAUCAGGACUAUCAGUAACCAGACCUUGACCAUUUGACACUUCUGUAAAGAAUAUAGUAAGAGGAUAAACAAUAUGGGGAUAAAGAUGGUUCCCAAUGCCCAGAUUUCAGAUAAGCAGUUAUCUGCAAAACAUCUGCAAAACAUUUUGGAUUUCUCUCCCUGAAAUGACCUGUUUUUCUUCUUAAAUCAUAGUUUAAAAACGUAUAAUUAAAAUGAUUAAUUUGCUCACAUAUGACAUGUUAAUAUAUAUUAUUUUGUAUUCCUUAAUUGCCUUUUCUCUCUGUUGAUAUUGCUGAUGUUCUUUUGAUUGAGUUUGUUUCUGGUGGUAGACUCAGAUGAGUGGUGGCACUGCCUGUAUGAUGGUGUAGUGGGUCAAAUGAGGCAGAAGAUAAUGUAUCUACUCUGGUUGUGACUGUGUCCACCUGACCUGGGUUCAAAUACGAUUUAAUAAUAUUUUUAAAUACUGUAUCUGUGCUUGAUUGAGCUUACCUGUUGCAGUGGAAAUAAUAGAAAAGUCCCAAAAGUGCAAAACCAUGCCUACCUGACAGUCGAGGCAGGCCCAAGCAAAUGAUGAAAGUAUUUGAAAGAUUUCAAGUAGUAUUUGAACACAGGUGUUGUCCACCCAGUAAUACAAGGUUCAAAGGGAUGGGAAACGGCCCCCUGUCCCCUGUCCUACCCAGUGCCCUCCGAACCCACCCCAUCCUCUACCCCUGCACAUAUCACCCUUCUGGCACGUUGUUCCCCUUCACGAUUAUAAGUUCAGCCUCUCACCACCCAUCUUUCCCCUUCCCGGUAGUCCACUCAUGACAUCACACCAUAUCUUGUUACCCUCUUUUCCUUGUUUCAUGUAACUCUCCUUUCAUUUUAUACCCCACCGUGCUCCCCAAAUCCUAACAACCAACCAUUUCCACCAAGACUUCAUUUUGUUUCUUUCUUUCAUGAAAAUAUGAUUAAAUAAAAAUAGGGCUGCAAAACUUUUGCAAGUACAGAAUCUGGUCAGCAACAGGACAUGUUUACAAUCUGAAAAACCAGGAUGACCAAUACAAAUUUGCCUCUAACAACUAUAACACCAUACCUAUCUAUGUUAGUAAACCGUUUGUAAAUUUAGCAACUUGGGUUACCAAGAUUGAAACAUGCACGAGGAUCUACUCUUUAUCAACUCUAAUCCGUCCGCAACCGGAGUAGGAAUAGUUCUGUCUGAAAGGACUUCAUCCAGGUCUCUAAUGUAAAAGAUUCUCUCUAUAGUUGACAACAAAAGUCUCUAAUGUAAAAUAUUCUCUCUAUAGUUGACAACAAAAGUCUCUAAUGUAAAAGAUUCUCUCUGUAGUCUACAACAAAAGUCUCUAAUGUAAAAGAUUCUCUCUGUAGUCUACAACAAAAGUCUCUAAUGUAAAAGAUUCUCUCUGUAGUCUACAAAAGGAAACAACAAAAGGAAAUCAUGAUCGAAAGGAAAGAACUCUCAAACACACACACACUGUACAAUUCCAUGUACACAACAGUUACAAUACUCAUGUACACAACAGGUACAAUACUCAUGUACACAACAGGUACAAUACUCAUGUACACAACAGGUACAAUACUCAUGCACGUCUGUCCAGUGGAGUUAUUAUACGCUAGAUUUGUAUAAAAUAUUGACAUUCCAACCAACUUCAUCAGUACCUCUCUGGUCUUUAAUAUACAGGUUGAACUUCAUAUGAGGACUAUAGAGCAUGACAUUCUGUCAGUUGUCAUCUAACUGCCCCUUUGGCCCCAACAGAGUCUCUCUCUCUUUCUCUUUCUCAUUACAGUAUAAUGACUAAAGGUUUCUACCCAAACCUCACCCCACACACCUGGUCUGGAGCCACUGGCUCGCCGUACAGUAAGAGACGGGUGUGCCCAAGUACAAGUUCAGAGACUGUUACAUUUCAAACUGCUGCUUUCAAAACAACGAUUUCCCAAGACAGAAAAAAAUCAUCAAAAUUUUUAGCUAUUUGCAAGAUGUCUGAAAAAACGCCAACUGCCUUGUUUUAUAAAGUAAGAAAAAAAAUAUAUUCUAAAAUGCAUGGUCAAGUAUGUUUUAGAUUUGUAUACAUUUUUUUUAAAGAAAAAAACGAAAGAAAAUAAAAACAUUUUAAAAUGUCAUCCCAAUGAGGAAAGGUUGUCUUUUACUGGCUUUGACAAUUUCCUCUUAGUUGUGAGCAAGCAGAAGCUUUCCAGGUGUUGUCCAGUACUGUUCUGAGAAGCAGAAUCUUCCAUAGGAUAGCCUGGGCUGGAGCUAUAGUACGGUACAGUAAAGGAAUCAGACAGUCUACUGCAUCCCACUGCUUCUCCAUGACCAAGCCCACAUCUCAGAUGGAACUAAACAACAGAGGGAAAAAAACAGACAAACUAAGAGAGAAAUGUUUUGUGUAUCUUUUUAUAGCUGGCUAACUAACUCAAAGACUCUGAGACAUUUAUAGCAUGUCUGUAAUGGGCUAGUACUCCCUCCUGAUUGUCCUGGUCCUCCAGUCAGUAAUCAUUCACAAUCUACAGUAUGUGUGCUCUCUUCUCUUCCUCCCAUACCUCUCCGUUUCUCUAUCCAGCAAAGUCAAACAGAGCUGCCGAUGUGAAGGAAGAAAGCUGGGGCCAAAUGCUUGGAGUUAUAUUUUUCAAGAACGUUUGCGCCAGUGGAGGCUGCUGAGGGGAGGACGGCUCAUAAUAAUGGCUGUAUCGGAGUAAAUGGAGUUGCAACAAACACAUGGAAACCAUGUGUUUGAUGUAUUUUAUGCCAUUCCACUAAUUCCGCUCCAGUCAUUACCACGAGCCCAUCCUCCCCAAUUAAGGUGCCACCAACCUCCUGUGGUUUGCUCCCCCAGUCUUGACUUACUGAGGUACUGUUGGAAACUGGACUGAUACUGUAAGAUGGUUAAGGCAUAUUAUGGGAAAUGGUUCACUGAUUCAAAGAACAACUAUGAAUAUUGGUCCAGCGGGUCUUGAUGCUGAGAGGUGCAGAGGUGAUCUAUCUGUUCCUGUGGUUUUUCUACCAUUCCGACUGGAAGUACCCAUCACCUUGAGAGCCCAUCGCAUGCCCAAGCAUGCCCAGUUCUUUUUCUCUCUCCUCUCCUCUUUAAUUUAUUAACUUUUUGGGGGUCUGUUUGUUUUUGAGUUAUGUGGAGAAAAUAAUGAAAGUGUUUGAAAGAAAA